CCCGUUGGGUUGCGGCCCCGCUCCCCGAGGGCGGCGGGCGGUGCACGGCCCCAGCGCGGAGGGCAUCCGCCGCCCCCCUCCCGGGCAAGGUCCCUCUGACGGCUCCUCCCUCUCCUGGGAUCUUGCUGUGCACAGGGUGGCAGCUGCGUGCCCCCUCGGUGCUGCUGGGCCUGUUCCCCCCCGCUGUCCGGCUCCUGAACGUCCCCUGAGGUCUCUGAUACUUCAUACCCCUGCAGUGCCCUCCCAGCUGCAGGAGAACUUGCACCAGUGUUGCCCCCUGAAUCCAUCUCAGAGCUCCAUGCAUUCAGUAACCCAUCAGCAUGUCCCACAGGAGUUGUUUCCUUGGAGCCAGGACGCCGUUGGAAGUUGAGUUGAUGGUGAAACAGCUGAAGGAUUUAGACAGAGAAAUCUUCAGAAAAAUACUCAAGACGGUCGUGAACUCACUGGAAGGAAAAGAUUCCAAAGAGUCCGUGAGGAGCAUCGCUGAGACGGAGGGUCUGUCAGAGGAGCAGCUGAGUCACAUCCUGGCAGGCAUGUACACACUACUACAAGAAGCUCUGCGGCUGCCACCAUCUUCCCUCAAGCAAGAGGUUUUUAAGGAUGAUUUAAGAGAAAUAAGGAUUCCAGAGGAGCUUAUUUCUGACUUUGCAAGUGUUGUAUUUGGUAACAGACGCUCGGUGUUAGAGGCUGCAGCCUUGCAACAAGGGAAUCGAUUGCCUAGCAUUCUGGAUUUCAGAUGGCGAGUUGAUGUGGCUAUUUCUUCCAGUUCUUUAACCCGUGCUUUGCAGCCAGCUAUACUGAUGCAGUUAAGGUUGUCAGAUGGUAGCGCUCAUCGUUUUGAACUCCCUGUUGCCAAGUUCCAGGAGUUACGGUACAAUGUCGCUCUAAUCUUGAAGGAAAUAAAUGAUCUAGAAAAAAGAAGCGUUCUCAAAAUUCAAGAUUAGUAUAUUUCAAAUAUUUGUCAUAAAAACAGACUAGUAUAACAAAAAUUUGCCAAUAGUCAUCUACAGGAGACAAUUUAGCUUUGUUAAAGCUGCCGUACCCAGAGAACUUGUGCAUUAUUUUUAGUAUGUGUACAGAGGAUCCAAGUCAUGACUUGUGAUUUGAGAUCACUGAUGCAUUACAGACUUGAAUUGGUUCCUGGUAUUCAGCAGUGUUGAAAUGUCAGGCCUUACGAAACAAACCAGUGUGUCAAUCAAUAGUGCUGCAACUGGCUUGAUAGGUCAACUCAAGCUAUAUUGUCAGUUUCCAGCAGUUUACUUAAAAUGGUAAAAUACAUCAGCGGAAGCCAAGGUGUUGUGGUGAGAGGGAAAAUGAGAAAAGAAAGCCUGGAAAAAUGGAUGCUGUGACUUAAGUAAACAGUUAAGUACUGGUCAGAUCAGGAAAACGAUAAAAAUUUAAAUCAUGUCAAUAUGUGAACAGAACCAACCUUUACAUUUAUAUCACUAAUUGGAUGUAAAUUUUUUUUAGUUCAAUCACAUUUAACUUGAUGUAUGGUAAAAGAUUGUGUCAAACUUUGUACUUAAUAUGUAAUAAAAGCUCAUAGAAAACUUA